AUGCAUGCACCGACGGCGCGCGCGAACGUUGAUGGUGGUGGUCGGGACAAGAAAUACGCCUCAAGUCUUGUUUGCGCCGGCAGGCUGCUGUCCCGCGUCGCUGGAUUGGAACCAAGACUUUUCACCAAGGGCGAUCAGCCAGCGCCAAGUGACGUGAUGUCUCCCCCGGCUGGGCGUCUGGGCUCUGCCAAGAAGGAACCUGAAGAGCUGGCCAAGUCGGGCCUGGCGGCAGGGUUUACUGAGCUCCAGGAGGAAGAGGGGACCAAGAAGAUGGAGAAUAAGACUGGAGUAUCCAACUGGAUACCCGACAGGUUCGCACUCCGCAAGCUCGCAGCUCGCAGCUCGCCGCCGGCCGGUGGAUCCCUAAUGGACCGUUUCGGGCUUAAGUCGACGGGGCCAUCAACUGCCGCUCGGCCAUCUUCCGUGAGGGCGAAGACGGAGUGCGCCCGCGCCUCGAAGCCAUUUUGGAAUCGAGUCAUCGCACCCCGGUCUGCUCCGGUUUAUUGA